ACACACACACACACACACACACAAUACAGUAAAUGCAGUCCACAGACUUCUGAUCCGUCAGAAUGUGACUUUUUCUAAUGUGUGUGUCAUGAAGCCAAUCUGAAUCUGCUGAAUUGAAAUGUUUAUUUUUUUCCUCUACAGAUAAUCUAUAUUUUGUAAAUGUGGGUGGAUUGUUUUUUUCAUAAUAGCAGGGUAUCUUACAAACUUGAGUAAAUCUGGGUGUGUGUGGUUUUUUUUUUUGUUUGUUUUUAAAUCCAGGAAAGAUUGGACUUUCAGUGGGGUUCCUGUGCAGCUUUAGCUCGUUUCCAGACCUCUGAAUCAUCGUGAUUGUUUUACUACGUAGCUAACUAGCUACCUAGCUUUAUUUAUGAAAGAUAAUGACUCAGAAAUGGUAGCAAGAAAGAAAAAAGAAUCUAAAAUUGACACAUUUCAUGACGACUUCUAGCAGCCGCUACCACAACUUCUGUGUCGACUAAAAGCGAUGUUGACCGGACGGAUACGUCGCUCAUUUAAGAUGUUUUAUACCAAAACAAAAUUAAAUAAUCACCCCUUGCCGUCAAUAAAUCAUAAACAUAAACAUGACGACAGAGUAACAGAAUGAAAACAUGGUAAUUCAGUCUGAUUAUCAAGCUAGUGCCGCUUUGAAGUUUAAAAAAAGGGAUUGAAAGAGUGUUAAUUUAGGGGUGAUCGGUUUGAAAAUUGAAAAAAAAAAAAAAACAUUUCUUGUUGGAAAAUGUACUCUUGAGUUGCAAACUCCUGUUGGAAGUGAGAUGUUUUUUAGGGCCAUAAGUCUACUAUAUUGGGGAAAAAAGUCACAAUACUUUAACCUUCUUUGUCUUAGAAAUUAUGAUUUUAUUCUCAUAACAUCAUGGCAUUGUUUCUCUAAGUAUUACAGUUUUAUUUGCAAAAACUAAUUUUGUUAAUUACCAGUGGCCUUAAUACUUUGGAUUCAACACUAGGACAUUUCUCAACAUUACUCAACAAGUACCUCGUAAUUCAAAACAGAAUUAACGUUUUCAAAGUGAAACAAAACUUGGUGAAUAUGCCAUUAAAUCAUAUUAUUUAAAGACAUUUCAGUGUGGAAGAUGAGAGAUUUUAAAUUGGGAAUGCACAGUAGUCCUGCUGUCUGAAUGAGGAGAGUUUGAACCAACAGGCGCUGCUGUAUUUAAAUCUAGAUCCUGAAAUAUCCUCGACGUUCUCUUUAGUAACUCAGAGGAUAUUAUUGCUCAUUUCAGCCCAGGUUUAGUUAAAAUCAGCCUCUCAGACAUCAACAAUUCAGGGAAGAAUAGAAAGAAUGUUGUCAUGAAAGAGCUCUCAACUUCAUCAAACAUUAAAAAACCUGGUAUUUAUUUCAGUUGAUCGGUAAAUUUGAGUUAAAAUCAAAUCACAAUGUUAAAACUGUGAAUUUAUCACAAAUAUAAUGGGAUAAACAAAGCUGGCUGAUGAAUAUGUGAACGUUAAAUGCUUAGUUACUUAACUAGUUGGCCUUUUGCUUUUAUUAAUGAUGGUUGGUGCUCAAAAAGUAGUCGCCUUGAAAAUGUAUGAAUUAUGGCACUUCUGUGCAAAAGAUUUCAGCACAAAAUAUGAAAGCUGAAGAUCCCACAGGAACAGAAACACUUAGACAUUUUUGGAAAUGGGCUAAUUUGAUUUCUUUCCCAAAAGUUAGAAGAGAGUCUGAAGUCAGGAUUAGCCUAGCUUAGCAAGCAGAGGGUAACGGCUGGCCUGACUGUCCGAAGUUUAAAUAAAAUGCAGCACUGCCAACACCUCUGAAGCUCUCUAAUGAACACGUUUGGUUUGUUUGUUUGACCCGCACACAAACCGGUAUGAAAAUGUCUUGUCUUCACCGUAGGGUUGCCAGCUUUGUUGUUCACAGUGCCUUCAUAUCUCUUAAUAAAACAAGUGUGAUUGAAGCUGCUUCCUCUUUUCGUGCUCUCUGUUUAGGAAACACCUGCUUCACACGCCCAGGGGUGGAAGAACGAGGACGCUGAGGGACUCAUGGGGCUCCCUGAUGAAACAUGUCAAAUACAAAUACAACGCAGAAAUGUCCCCCAAAAAUCACCCAGACCCACAAAAAGACACCUGAAGUGAAGCUAAGACACACUAUGACACAUCUACCGCAAACAAAUGAGUUGUUUAUGAUGUGUAGGUGGGAUUAAUAGAGAUAGGAGCGAGGUCAGUCUACUGUGACCGUGACAGACUGAUAAAAUAUCAGUACAGCCUGUAUGUAAAGCAGAUGGGGUUCCUGUGUGUGUGUGUGUGCGUUGUGGAUUUAAUUUCAGAAGUGACUAAAGAAGGCGACAGUAAAUACCUAAACCCAUGGGCCAGAAACAAUCCCACCCCCAGUUGUUCCCGGGGGACAUCGUGGAGUAUCCCAGGAACAAAUACUUCUCUCAUUUCGCGGUGUACUACGGAGAGAGAGACGGAGUUCCCUACGUUGCUCACCUGACAUGUCGAGAUUCAGACUCCAAGCUGCCGCUCUUUGGCCGAGCUCUGAGGUCAGAGGUCAAGCUGGAUCCACUGGAGCUGCUGGGGAAAAAAUACAAGGUCAACAACAUGUUGGACGACUCGUUCUCGGCCAGAGACUUCCACAACGUGGUGAAGCCGGCCAUCGACGACCUGAUGGGGCGCGAGGUGACGUUCGACAUCCUGUUUCAUAACAGCGAGCACCAGGCGACGCUCUUCAGAUACGGAGUCAAGAAAUCUGAACAGAUAGAGAAGAUUUAUGAGUACAUCAUGCCCGCCUGGAAGAAGCUGUUUGCUGAGAAAAAGCUGUGAAAACAGCUUCACGUUCAGUUCUCAUCUCGGCCACCGGAGGGCCACGUUGGUCCUUGAUUUCAAGAAGAAGGUUAUGUGGAAAAGAAACAUUUUAAAAUAAGAUAUCACGAUUUAAAUCGUAGUUUUCAGAGAAAAAAAGUUGUUUUGGAUUGGGUAGAUUAUCCGUCAGGUGCACAUUGACUUUUAAUAUUUGUAAUGGUUAAUUGUUAAAUUUAUUUUAGAGGAAAGAAAUAGAAUUAAGAAGAAAUAUGGGAUUUUAAGCAUGAAGUUCCAAUAUUUUGAGAAACAAAUUGGAAAUUUAAAAGUCAUAUUUUUGCGAAUUACAAGAAAUAUUUGUAAAUUUGUAAUAUUUAACAUUAAAUUUACAAGAAAAGACAUCCUGUUUUUAGGAUAAAGUUAUAAUUUUACAAGAUAAUAUGUUGUAUGGAUAUUAUGGCUUCUUCUCGUUUUUCUCAAAAUAUUGAGACUUUAUUCCUGAAAUGCUUGGAAGAAAUAUCCAAAUCUGUCUUUUUUUAGGAUUUGAUAUGACAUAUUAUGUAAUUUUUGCAUGUAUACUGCGGCAUCCUCAAUCAAAAUGUUUAAAUGCUACAGAUAACUAAAAAAUAAGCUUGUAUAGAAGCAUGAAGUCCUCUUGGUGCUACAGUUUCUUUUAUUUCAGUUUUAAUUAUUUUGUCAUCUCACUGUUUUCCUAUUGUUAUUUUAUUGUUUUGUUGUUGCUUUUUCUUUUUGUAACAUUCACUUAUCUCACAUUUACAGACCAACCAAACAUCUUUAACAUUAAAGAGAAAGUUCUGCUUUUAUCA